ACGUCAUAGAACUGGGCAGGAUCUCACGGAACCCCAUUCAUGUAUGAUUUACGUACUUUUCUGUCGUAUCCAAAUGAAACGGGUCCUUUAUUUCCGAAAAUCUUACUUGGGAAUGAAAUUGAGUCUCCAGGAUCAGCUGUGGCCGGCGUCUUGUUCUAAUAAACAAGUAAUGAACCUCAGAAACAGAUGAAGAAUGGAGGGAAUCCUAUUCAAGUGGACAAAUUACAUAAGUGGUUGGCAGCCUCGCUGGUUUGUACUGGAAGGAGGGACUUUGUCCUACUAUGACUCGCAAGAGGAUUCCUGGAAAGGUUGCAAGGGAAGCAUCAAAAUCUCAGUGUGUGAAAUACAAGUCCACUCCUCUGACUUCACACGGGUUGACCUGACCAUCCCUGGAGAACAGUACUUCUACCUCAGAGCCAUCAACGCAGCGGAGAGGCAGAAAUGGCUGGUCGCAUUGGGAUCUGCAAAGGCCUGCCUCACAGACAACCGAACCAAGAGAGAGAAAGAGCACCAGGAGAACACAGAGGCUCUUAAGACCAAGAUGUCAGAGUUGAGGCUGUACUGUGACCUUCUGCUCCAGCAAGUUAACCAGAUCAAGGACAGUGAGGAGACUGAGGAGGCUGGGGAGAACCCUGGCACCAUGGUGAAAUCUACAUGCUCCACCUUCAUCAAGACGUUGGAGGAGUGCAUGCUGAUCGCCAACCGCACCUUCAGCUCAGACCAGGCCACAAAGACCCCGCCCGGGUCACCUCCCGUGGCAACCAUCAAACCCCAGAAGGUCAAACCUGUCAAUCAAUCAAAUCAGGAAAAACACAGGGAGUGUAAAGAAAUCUCAGGAGGAUCUGUAACACAUGACAACCAGAGCCUUGACUCUGGAGCAGAGGGACCAGACCAACGAGACGGACCAGACACGCUCCCUGAGAGAACCACCCAAACACCCCCAACAGAGAAUGCCCAGUCGGCGGGGACCCCCAGGGCCCAGAGGAGUCUGCAGUGGAAGAGGAGGCCACUACCCAAACCACCCACACAAACCCUGACCCAGAACACACCGACCAACCAGCACAGCAGGAAGAGGGAGGAGGAGGAGGAAUUCAAAGAGGUGGAGCAGGAAAUGAGCAACGCCCAAGAAGAAGAGAAACAGGAAGUGAACCAGAACCAACAGGAAGCUGUCACUGACCAAGAGGAAGCCAAGCUGGAGGAUGAGCAGCCUGCCCAGCCACAGGGAGAAGAAGAGGAGACAGAGCAGGUGGACACAUUCUUCAGUACGAUGAGUCACAGAUUUAGUGAUAUAAGACUGGACGGUGACAGUGGUAUUCCUACACAAGCCUUUUUGGACUCAUGCUAUGCAAUAGUGCCUGUAUUAGACAAACUAGGAUCCACAGUAUUUGGUCCAGUAAAAAUGGAUUUUACAGGAAACAUCAAGAAGAUCCACCAGAAGCUGUCGUCGGACCCGGGCAGCUUCCCCACACUGCAGACCAUAGUGCUCCACGAGGUGCAGACCGGCGUGGCCCGCGUCCGCAACUCAGCCACCGAGGCCCUGCUGUGGCUCAAACGAGGACUCAAGUUCCUCAAGGAGUUCCUGUCCCUGGUCAACUCUGGGGAAAGGGAUAUCCCUGGAGCGCUGGGUAAUGCUUAUGGACGGAGUCUACGGCAGUAUCAUGGAUGGGUUGUGCGAGGUGUAUUUGCUCUGGCCCUCCGAGCAGCGCCGUCAUACAGCAGCUUCGCGGCGGCUCUGGUGUCCAGAGAGGAGGAGCUGAAAGAAGGAUUCAACACAGGCAUGCACCGGGACCUGGGGGUCUACCUGCCUGCCAUGGAGAAACAACUGGCCAUCCUGGAUGCCCUGUAUGAAGAAUACAACCUGGAGUCAGAUGAGGUGGUCUGAGAGGAGGAGAUGAGAUCCCAACUGGUGGCCUGAGAGGAGGAGACGAGAUCCCAACUGGUGGCCUGAGAGGAGGAGACGAGAUCCCAACUGGUGGCCUGAGAGGAGGAGACGAGAUCCCAACUGGUGGCCUGAGAGGAGGAGACGAGAUCCCAACUGGUGGCCUGAGAGGAGGAGACGAGAUCCCAACUGGUGGCCUGAGAGGAGGAGACGAGAUCCCAACUGGUGGCCUGAGAGGAGGAGACGAGAUCCCAACUGGUGGCCUGAGAGGAGGAGACGAGAUCCCAACUGGUGGCCUGAGAGGGACACUACCAGAGGAGGAAGAGAGCCCUCAGACUCAGACCAUCUGGGAUACACUGACGAAGGAGGAGGAGGAAGUGGAGGAGGUAGAAGAGGAGAGCCUGGUCUGAGCCGCCGCAGCAGAGCGGUGGCUCUGGUGUACUUGAUGUAGUGUACAGUACUUUAGACUCAGGCUCUUUUCCCUCCUGUGACUUCCAUUAUGAACAGCUGCACCUGUGGUUGCUGAGAUUGCACAAAUAUGGACUUUUACUUUAAAUUGAGGCUGAUAUUGUUAUUAUUGACAGCAUUAUUUGACAGCCUACAUAGGCUGCAUGUAAUGAACUGCAUACAACACUGAAGAGUAUAAUGUAGCGGUGUUAGUAUUGAUCCCUGCUGAACUCCUACACCAAUAUACUGUAUCUACAUGGAUGACCUGCGUACCACCACCAACCCACCUCCCUCCAGAAGCCACCUCCUCUCUCCCUCCAGAACCAACCUCCUCCCUCCAGAAGCCACAUCCUCCCUCCCUCCAGAGCCCACCUCCUCCCUCCCUCCAGAACCAUUCUCAUUCUCUCACAUUGUCUCAUCUACAAAUGUAUUGUUUACCAAGUGACAUUAACAUCCUCAUUAUCGUAAUCAUUUAAAUGUAGUCUUUAUGAGUAACUUAUGGAAUAAACCAUGUUCUAUAUGGAUGGAAAUGUCGAUGUUUUAAUGUAUAGGGUUCGACUGAGGUGCCAACUGAAGUGGAAUAUAUAGCAAGGCCUUGAUUCAAAAUGUAUUAACAGUCAUGGUGGAUAGAUUGUUAUUGUCUUCUAUUAGCUGACUUUCCUCUCUGUGACUGAUGUGGGUUAAGAAUAAUGCAAUGGGGAUCAUCGUAGAGGCAGUCUAACUUUGGCCUCUUAGUUCUGGACAUUAAUUCAGUCUUGUUAUAGAUGCACUGAACCAUUUGGACAAAGCAGGAAUAUCUGACCGAUGUGCAAUAGGCUGAUUCCUUGUUGUGAAUUAUUUCUAGUGUUAAUGCUAAUCUUUUUGUAUCACAAUUUCAGAACACAUUUUAUACGAAUGUACAUAAGAUGGCAUUUUUCCAUAUGUAUUAAACUUGAUGAAAUCA